ACACACCUUGCUCGUGAAGUUCGAGCUGCAAAUGUUAUCUGCUUUCAGGGGGAGCGCUUUGCUGGUGCCAAUCUCGAAAAGGGUCACCACAAUUAUAGGUUUCCAAGAAGGAGAGCCUUCCACACUGAGGUCGACGACAGCGCUUAUUGAAGACAGAAGUGCGCUUCGUUAAUCUUGGAGUGCUUGCAGGAUGUUGAGAGCUUGUGGCGGAGUACUGAGAGUUGAAUUUCGGUCAACCAUACUUUUCCAUCAGAGUGUAGCCUGAUUGGCGACUGUGCCAUUGACAAUAGAACUUGAAAGCAUAGCUUGAACUUUCUGGUCAGCUGUGUUUCACUUUCAGCCUUGAUAGACAGAAAAAGUUAGCUACUCAAGCAAAGGAGCCCCCUUGCAUGGUGUGGCCAUCCUGACUGUGUCGAAAUGGCAGACUCCUGGGUGGAGCUACAUAACCUGGCACUGGAAGUUGCGGGGUUCUUUGUGCUUGUGUCCGUGUCGCUCUCAGCGUAUCUCAUCCUUCAGCACUUCACAGCUUUCAAUAAACCAGAGGAACAAAAAUGGAUUGUGUGUUGCAUCUUCAUGGUCCCGGCAUACUCGAUUGACUCGUGGAUCACCCUCAAGUAUCCGCAAAGCGCCCUAAUAUUCAACCUUCUGCGGGACUGCUACGAGGCCUACACCAUCUAUGCAUUCGGUAGCUUCUUGAUAGAGUGCAUGGGGGGAGAAGACAAGGUUAUCCAGAAGCUCGAAGCAAACGUGGAGAAGGUCCCGACAUCGCAGACGCCGCUGCUGGAGGCUGGUUAUGGCGGGAGCCGGGGGCCAGUUCUUCUUUACUCCCGGGACGAGCUCUUUUACCACCCGCCCCCAAUGUGCUGCCUACCUCCAUGGCGCAUGGGGAAACAGUUCUACAUGGCGAUCAAAUUUGGGACCGUGCAGUAUAUGAUCCUCAAGGUGCUGUGCACGCUUGCCACGUGGAUUCUUAGCCUGGCGCAUGUGUACGGGGAGGGCGAAUUCAGGUGGAACCGGGGCUACCCAUACAUCGCGACAAUCAUCAACUUCAGCCAGAUGUGGGCCCUCUACUGCCUGCUCCAGUUCUACCUGCACAGCAAAGAGUGGCUCGCGCACAUUAGCCCCGUCGGCAAGUUUGCGUGCAUCAAGGCCGUCAUCUUCGUCACGUGGUGGCAGGGCCUCGCGAUUGCGCUGCUCUUCAACCUGCGCAUGAGCCAAGCCGAGGUCAACGUGCCGCUGCAGAACGCGAUCCAGGCGUUCCUCAUCUGCAUAGAGAUGUGCGUCGCCUCGGUGGCCCAUCUAUACGUUUUCCCGGCCACGCCGUACCAGCGCAUGAGCAUCAUCGCGGACGCGUCUCAGGUGACGCUCCUCACCGACGUCGCGGCCGGGGACGCGCCCCCGUCGCCCACCGAGGUCAUGGAGAGCGAGCGGCCGCCGUACAUCCCCACAGAAAAGUCGGUGACGCUCUUCCACGAGAGCAUGCAGGACGCGUUGGUCGGGGCUAACCGGCAGGUGGUUGAGGACGUAACCACGACGGUCGCCCAGGUUGUGGAGCCCAUUGAGCAGUUCAAUGCGGUGGUUAGGGAUACGUUGGACGUGUUUGGCAGGUGGGGCCCGAAGCGAACGGACGGGGUGCGGGACGACUCGUGGCUGUCGGGGCCUGCCGGCGAGGAUCCGGAAAAACGGCACUAUGGUAAAGGUAGUCAGAGCGACGGGGGUCGAACCCACGGGAAAACGAAAAGCUACGGGUCGAUUCAGACCGUUGAUCCCCACAUAGACGGGCAGAUUUGGCAGAGCCCCGGCUUGAGCAAGUUGAAGAUGCCCAAGAGAAAGGGACCCUCGUAGCUUUGGCACCGCAGUUCGCAACACUUGCCUGCCGAUCACGUGUAAGGUUUGUGAGGUGCUAUUGCUCGCGUGUAGGUUUUCUCGGAGCUAGAGAUCAUGCAAGCUUUUGGAGCGCAUGCUCUGAACAUGUAUAUCUAGAUUUUAGACAGUGUGCAUAUGGAAAGCCUUAUUAAUGUGCUAUGAUUUGGCAGGCUCCACCAGGCCGGUUUGAUGAAGUGACCUAGACGAUGAACCGUAAGUUACCAUGAACCAUCAG